CUCAACGGUCAUCUCUCGAUCGCUCGCUUCUCUGAUUGUCGGUAAAGAAAGGGCAGAAAGGCCGUAGCACUGACGGGAUGGCUGGUGUUCGAAGUAUUCUCCUCUUCUCCUCUCUCCCUCUACUGCUGGGCCAGCUCCUCUGUGGCCGCGGGGCGCGGGCAGUGGUAAUACCGGUCGACGCAGCUGCGGGGAAUGACUCUCUGUGUGUUGCCGCACAGGAUCUGAACGACUCCACCACUGAAUACCCUGCAGGUCUCCAGUGGAAAUAUCUACAGCAAACUACGUAUAUCUCUCCGUGUCAGUCGCUCCAAGCAGCACUCGGUAACCAACCGUGCAGCCGAGGCUGUUACCUUGACAACACUAAAAGGCUCCCUCCGAACCUUGACCUCCAGUUGUCUCCCGGUGUCUAUCGCCUCACCGCCUGUCUCGGUAUCUUGCAGGCCAGCAACCUCACGAUUCGUUCCCGUGGCGACGCUCCUGGCGACGUCAUCAUAGAAUGUGCGACGGUCCCCAACAACGAUUACUAUGACAACCUGUACGUGUGCGGGUCGGAGAGGGUGCGGUUUCAAGGGUUGGUAUUCAGGAAGUGUGGGCCGUUCUCUCCCAACGUCUUCCUCAACCAUUCAUCUGGAUUGGUGUUUGACAACUGUACCUUCAGAGACAACAUAGGUUCCAGUCUCCAGGGACAGUUCUGCAACGACGUCACACUCACAAACACUCACUUCAUUAACAACGACAACCAGCAGGUCGCCGAGCCAGACGUAAACGAAACCUCAAUCGAAGAGCUCUAUGACAGCAUCACAACUGGCGGUGGUUUCACUUUCUUCACUCGAGGCCAACCAGCCACCAUCCGAAUCGAAAAAUGCUCCUUCGUCGAGAAUUCGGCAAAUCGAAACGACCCAAACAAUACUCGACCUGUCCUACUGAAGGCCAACGGACAUGGGGGAGCUGUCCUGAUUCGACUAGCCAACGCCGAUGGAUCGGAAAUUACCAUCGCUGACUCGGAGUUUGUCAAUAACAAAGCGCAGGUGGAUGGUGGAGCUAUUUACAUGACACUAUCUGAGAGCGUUUCGGGAAGUUCCAUCUUCAUCGAGAGAAGCAAUUUCACAGGGAACACCGUUGAGGAGGCGUCUGGUGGUGCCGUUAGCAUCAACUCCUUCCAGAUUUCAUUCAAUAACACAAUAAUCGUCAGAAACUGCAGUUUCCUGGGAAACUCUGGAAAUGCCGGUGGAGCGUUCAGCAUAGCUCUCUACGACAGCGACAUCAACAGCUCUCGGAGCCCAGACGGAGUCAAUUUCACCGAGUGCGAUUUCGUCAACAACAUGGCAAAGAACGAAGGGACAGCCGUCGGGCUGUUUUCCCUGGUUCAUGUUGAUCAGGUCGGCUUCCCCGUCGGAUUUGAGAACUGUCUUUUCAUGAACAAUACGUCAGAGGGAGUCACCCAAGACACCAGUGCCAUCGCCGCAUUCCGAUUCCCAAUCACAUUCCAGGGGACCAACCGUUUCCUUGGCAACCUGGGGGGCGGGGUCACGCUGCUCAACACGCAGAUGAGGGCCUCGGGAGUUUUAGAGUUCGACAGUAACACGGCAGUGUUUGGUGGGGGUAUCGCCAUGGACGACCGUUGCCUGCUAGAACUAUCUCCAGGGACUAACAUAUCGUUCACCAACAAUGUAGCAAGGGAGUCUGGAGGAGGGAUUUACGUCGAAUUUCCACCAAUCAGAUUCGUUGUAGACAUUUUCAAUCGCCUGUGCUUUCUCCAGUAUCGAGAUCCGUCGGGACGAGAUAUCCCUCCACAGGACUGGGAGGACGUGGCGAUCUCGUUCAUCAACAACACAGCCAGACUCAGUGGAGCCGCCAUCUACGCCUCAGACAUGCAGCAAUGCAGCUGGCUGGGCAACUUCACCACCGACACUUCCCUCAUCUUCACUCUUCCUACUGAACUGGCCGACCGCUCACCCUUUCUGUACAAGAACAAUAGUCUAUUUUCUGCGAGUAAUCUGGUAAACAACACUAACCUAGCAACUGCUCCCUCCACUAUUGAAAUCGAUGUUGAUUACACGACGGUGCAACCAGGAGAAUCGCUGGCCAUUGGUCUACUAGCCAGAGAUCAAGUUAACAACGCUCGCGAGGCAGUGUGGUCGCUGGAGGCUCCAAAUCAGGACGUGAAUCUUGAUGCUCUUUCUGCUAACAGAGACACUUAUGUUUAUGCAGUGAGUUCUCUACAUUAUAGUGCUCCUCUAUCUCAACAGUGUCCGAGUUCAUUUGAUCGUUUGAACAAAUUUGCACCAUGAAAAUUUUGUGCUACACUGCAGCCUAAAUGUUGUUUUAUCGUUUGCUUCUUCUACUGUCCCAGGUGCCCUGUGCCCCCUGUCUGAACCACACCGAUGUCACUGAAUGCAGCUGUUCAGACGGGCCGCCGGCACAAGACGGAGAAGGAGGAGGAGGAGGGGAGGAUGGAGAGUUUAGUGAUGAUUUCACCUCUCUGAUACGACUAAAUUUCUCUCUACUCAGAACUCUGGGAGAGAUUGAAUCUCAGAAUCUAAAGGUCGAAGGUUGUCACCCUGGUUACGUCUACAACAGCAACACGGGUAACUGCGAUUGCGAUACCGACAAUAAUGACCUCCUCCGUUGCGACGACAACAAUCGCUACGUGUAUCUCCGGGAGGGUAUUUGGGGAGGAGUAGGAGAGAGAAGGAACCUCAUUACAGAGAGUGUCCAGCCAGGAUACGUGAGCUGCAGGCCUCAGGGACGACUCCCUGGAUGCCUGUUUGAGUUUGAUAAACCAGACACCCAGUGUCGCACCGAGAGAAGAGGUGUGUGUGUGUGAGGGAGAGAGGGGGGAGGGGGUGAUUACUGCAUUGUCCAGCUAGUUCAGCUAUAGUCAGGUGUUUUGGUUGGCCUGUUCUGUUUCUCACUUGUUUGCUAAAAGUACGAAAAGGUUCAUCCUGUUUUUUCUACGUGUUCUCCAGCUGUGUUGAACUGUAGUCAAGGUAUUCAGGGUGGUUGGUUGGUCUGUCCUUCCCCCCACUUACUUGUUAAAAGUACAAACAAUUUAGGCCACCCUAUUCCUUCACUGCACUCUCCAGCUAUAGUCAAGGUAUUCAGGAUGGUUUGUUGGUCUGUCAUUCCCCCCACUUGCUUGCUAAAAGUACAAGUUUAGGCCACCCUAUUACUUCCACUGCACUCUCCAGUUAUAGUCAAG